AUGCGCCCAUGGAUAGUCUCGACGGCGGCGCGCCCUGCAACUACCCUGCUAAGCGCACCCAUUCGCCUUAUCCGUGUGCCACGUCCGCGACGGAUCACCUCUGCGGCCGGCAAGGGCACCCCCUCGGAAGCUACCCAGAAACCGUCACUUGUUCGCCGAGCCGCAUCGCUCGCGACCCGUAUCUUUUUCUUUACUACACUAGGUUUCGUCAUGGCCGCGGCACCCGCCUACCAGUCCGCUACCGCGGUCUUGUCACCGGCCAGUGAUGCCGAGACAUUAGGCGCUUUCGAGCCGCAAGACGACGACGCGAGAGCGAAACAGGACUACAUCAACACACACCCCCUUGCACUAGCCCUCCGAGAGAGUUCGGAUUUCAUCGAGUCCCGCCCACACAUGAAAAUACCAGAGUCAUGGCGCAAACACAAUUUGACCGGUGGUACCCUCGCGGGGCCUGGCAAGAUCAUCAUUCCACCGUUCAGCUGGACACAGCGGGAGGGAAAAUGCUAUGUACAGAUUACACAUGUUGGGACGGACCUGUGCGGCCACAUGGGUAUCAUCCACGGGGGUUUCCUGGCUACUAUGCUCGACGAAGGACUGGCGAGAUGCUGUUUCCCAGCGCUACCAUACAAUGUGGGCUUGACGGCAAAGUUGGAAAUCAACUACAAAGCACCCGCCAUGGCUGACCAGUACCUGGUGCUCCGCGCCAGCACGGUCAAGGUGGAGGGUCGGAAAGCCUGGGUCGAGGGCCACAUUGAGACUUUGCCGGAGAAGGAAGGCCAGGAGCCCACCAUACUGGCCACGGCGAGCGCGCUCUACGUUUCGCCUAAACAAGCAUCGUUAUACAACAUCACCUGGCACCCAUCGCUCACGCGCCACGAACGUAACCAAUUGCGCGGACAGCGGGGAUUCACUAUCUGGUUUACCGGCCUUUCUGCCUCAGGCAAGUCGACGGUCGCGACUGCUCUUGAGCAGCAUCUGCUUCACAUCGGUCUGGCCACAUAUCGUUUGGACGGUGACAAUGUACGCUUUGGGUUGAACAAGGACUUGGGGUUCUCGGAGAAAGACCGUAACGAAAACAUUCGUCGCAUUGCUGAGGUCGCGAAGCUCUUCGCGGACUCCUCGACUAUCGCCCUGACCUCUUUUAUCUCCCCUUACCGCGCUGACCGUCAAAUCGCCCGUGACCUGCACGCCCAAGCCUCCCAGGCGGGGGAUGAUGCUCUUCCGUUCAUCGAAGUGUUUGUGGACAUCCCCCUGGAGGAGGCUGAGAAGCGGGAUCCCAAGGGUCUGUAUAAGAAGGCACGGGCGGGAGAGAUCAAAGACUUCACAGGUGUUUCUGCACCAUACGAGCCCCCCGAGGCACCCGAAAUCGCCAUCCGGACCGAUCAGUUGAGCGUCGAGGAUUCCGUCCGCAAGAUUGUGGAGUACCUGGUAGAACGGGGCCUGAUCACAACGUCCCAGGAAACAAGGUAG